AUGGCCUCAAGAAUUACUCCCUUCGAUGAUUCUAAGGAGUUUCAUCAGGAUGGUCCUAGUACCGGCCUUCCCCCUCCUCUACUGAUCACGCCCAUUCAAACUAUUAGACCAACAUCUGCUGACUUCAACGAAUACUCCGAUAACGCAGAUACCGGUCCAAGUGUUGCUCCAACAAAACUAGAAUCUUGGCAGGAGUUGAAGGAUGGAACCUACACUACAACCACCGACCUUCCUGCUCCGUUAAUGAUCACCCCUCUGCAGAUCAUUAGACCAUCUUGUGGCGUUAAUGACUGCUCCAUUGAUGUGGCUGCUGGUUCAAGUACUGCUUCAGAAAAACGACGACCUGGCCGACCAAAGGGUUCCAAAAACAAAAACCCGACGCCCUCAACGAAGAAGUCAAAAACAGAAGAUCCAAACAGCAGAAAGAUUACUGACAUUAAAAACUUUGAUUCAGGCAUAACUGAAGCAGAGAAUGAUACCGGAAACCGUGAGUUAGUGGAGUCAGUUCUGACGAGGUUUGACGCGGUUAGAAGAAAAUUUUGCCAAGAGAAACUCGCAAAAGGUAUCCUUACAACGGCUGACAGUAACUGCAGGAAUAUGAGGGUCCAGACUAACAAGAGAAGGAGGAUUGGUCCAGUCCCUGGAGUACAUAUAGGCGAUAUUUUCUACUAUUGGGGUGAAAUGUGCUUAGUUGGCCUUCACAAACAAACCGUCGCUGGCAUUGACUAUAUGACGGCAGAAGAUGGCACAAAGGAAUCUCUUGCAACAAGUGUGGUAACAUCAUCACGACUGUACGAUAACCAAACCGAGGAUCUUCAAUGGUUGAUAUACUCCGGACAUGGCGGAAAGAAGAGUUUACCUCGUGAUCAAACUUUGAACAAGGGGAACGGGGCACUACAUACAAGUAGAAUAAAAGAGACGGACGUUAGAGUCAUCCGAGGCAAAGCCGACCCCUGUGAUAAUGGUAAAAAGGUAUAUAUCUACGAUGGACUUUAUCGAGUUUCUGAGACAUAUGAGAUGAUAGGAGAAACUGGUUGUAAGGAGUACAGGUUUAGAAUGGAGAGGAAACCAGACCAACCUAAUUCUGGUUAUGCAAACUGGAAAUUAGCUGAAGAUUUGAGAACGCGUGGCAUGAGUACAUUGAGGCGGCAUGGUUUUGUAAACCAAGAUUUGUCUUUGGGAAAAGAGCGUUUACGGGUCCCGCUGUUUAACGAUGUCGAUGAAGAUGACAACGCGAUGCCUGAAGACUUUGAUUACAUCACAUCUCAGGACUACUCAAGUAUGGUGCCCAAUAUCCAUAUCGAUGGCCAAGAAGAACUUGGAUGCCAGAAUUGUCAAGGGUUUUCUUUGAUUUCUCUAUGCUCUGGGGCAGCCGUCCGUCUUCCUAAGAAAUUCACUUUCCAUUUCUGCUGUUCUUGGUGCCUUUGA